GCAAUAGUUAGUUGUGAUAGCCAACAUGGCGAAAAUAGAUCCGUCUCGGUUGCUCGCAGUCGCCACGUGGCUGGUGGUGCUGGCAGGACUGAGUGUGGCGAGGGCUGCGGCGGCCGGUGGGCAGUGUGCUUGUGGAAUUCGACAAUCGACCAACCAAUCGGUGGUGCCCGGCGAACAAAUCGAGCCAGGAGAGUGGCCUUGGCAGGUGGGAAUCUACUGGUGGCGCGGAUCGAAGCUCAACCCUCCGGACAGAGUUUGCGAGGGAGCACUGCUAGACCCGGACGGGUGGGUGCUGACGUCAGCAAGCUGCCUCAGGGAUGCCCGUGGAGUGCUGCUGCAACUGGGAGGAAUGGUCGGACACGUUGGACUGGUGGCACUGCAGCAGCGUACGGAAGGAUCCAGGAGAUUUCAGGUGGAAAACGUGACAUUCAACGAUGAGCUGGAUUUGGCUUUGGUUCUGUUGAAGGUCGAAGACGACUGGGAAGGGAUGCCAAUUUGUUUGAGCGACGAGCCGGAAGAUUGGAAUGCUCUGUACGGAAAGCCGACGUAUUUGCUGCAGCAAAGUCAUCGGCAUAAAUUGGGAGGAUUCGAAAUUGUCAAACUAGAGCUGGAACGGGAUGUUAUUUGCUAUGGUUCGACGAUGGCAGUGAAAGCGAAGGCGCUAGCAGAUAAUCAUAUUAAGCUGAAAACAAGAGGUACCAACUACCAGCAUACAGCACGUGGUACACCACUCUAUAUGCUCAAACCGGAAGGAUGGACACUUCUGGGUAUUUCCACGAAGGUGCAAUCCUCCGUUCCAGGGACACUCUGUCAACCGGGGGACUACGAGUCUUUCCUGAACGUUAACUUAGCGGCGGUGCAUCAAUGGAUCUUCAGUGAAUUCCGCACCGAAGGCGACGAUAGUGUGGAGAGUUCCACCGAAUAGAGUUUGUUCGCCUUUCCGACUCAGUGAAUUACAGGCAUUCAUCUGACAAGAAAAAAUAAACACAAUAGCGAAACAGAAUUGUA